CCGAAAGACCUCACUGCUCAAAAUUCUCCAUUCGGCUAACAUCACUUUUCUUAAAUUUUUUUUGGUGUAAAAUUAAAACGUUUUUAUAGGAACCCUCUGAUUACCCGGACAUCCAUUUCAAAUUCCGUUGAAGAUGUGCGACAAGCCAGCCUGUCCCCCGCCCCCGCGGUGUUGUCCUCCACCCCCUCCCCCCUGUCGUCCUCCGCCCACUUUGUGGCAGAAGUUGAACUGCGUGCCCUGCAACCGAUUCUUUUUCUUCCUGCUCGGGGCUGGCAUUGGGCUCUACUGGGAUCACUUGAAGAAGGAGGCCCAGAAGGCGGCGGAGGAGGCCAACAAGUCGCCAAAGGAGAAGGAGAAGGAGGCCAAGGAGCGCGAGAAGAAGCAGAAGGAGAAGGAGAAGGCCGACAAGGAGAAGGCUGAAAAGGAGAAGAAAGAAAAGGAGAAGAGGGAGAAGGAGAGCAAGGGCAAGGAUAACAAGGGCAAGGAAAAGGACAAGGGAAAGGAGGGCAAGUAACGUUAAUGAGCUUUAAAACGGAGAUGUCCAGAAGAAGGAUUCCUUGCCCCGAAAUUCGUAUCACCACCAAUUACAAAAUUUUAAGUACAUUAAAUGGACGAAUUAAAAAUUAUUGAUUAAAAAUAUGAUCGGCAAGGAAUUUGAAAUGGAGAUUUAUGGCCCCGCGAUACUUAACUUUCUGGUGUUAUCCUAAUACUUAUCGAUCAAGGCAAAAGAUCGGAAAGGAUUUGGAACUGGAAAGAAGAUUCGGCUACACCAAACCAAAAUGCUUGCAGUUUUAAGGGCAGGUUCUUUGCUAGUCCUUGUUAAAAUUUACAGUGAGCAGAAGGAACUUUAUAUUAAAAUAUUAUUGCCAAAUAUUAAUUGCCAACGAUAUUGUUACCAGCGAAAUAUUGUAACUUUCGUACAGUUUGAGGCUUUAAGCAAUUUAAGAAAAUAUAUUGAAAUAUAUUACCAAAA